UCGACGGAGACCUCUUUGAUGUCAACAUGGACAGGGAGCAGCGUAAGCCAGCCAAUGUCGGUCAAGACAUACAAGUUUUACAAAGGGCAUAUGAUGUGCUCAUCAAGCAAGAAGGUGGACCAGACAGCGAUGCAGCCAAGUCUUUGCAGCUCAAGCUUCACAAUCUUCGGCAGGUUCGAGACAGCGCCAAGUCGGAGAGCCAGCGCCUGCUGGUGGCCAGUAGGAAACUCUCCAAAGUUGAGAAACAAGUGGAGUCACAUUCGCAGUCGGUCGGACUUCUUGAGACAAAGGUUCAGAAUGCACAAGCACAUCUUCGAGUACAAGAACGUGCCUUGGCUGAGGCAAAGGAGAGCCUUGCUGAGGCGCAAAAGAAACGCGAUGAGCUGGUCGUGGAGACGCGCCGUGCCCAGGAGGCGCAGGACGUGGCGCAAGCGGCCGAGCGAGCCAGGCCACGCAGCCCUUCACCUACUCCGGAGCAGUUCUUCAACCUCAUGCGUGCUGAUGCCAUGGAGGCCGCAGCUCUACAGAAGGCGAAGGACACGGGCCUUGAUCCCAGUACGGUACAGCAGGGGCGCCAGAGGCUGCAGCAGUCCAUGGAGGUGUUCUUGGAGAUGCCCCUGGGGCUCCUGGUGGUGCCCAGCAAGUGGCAGGAGGGCAGCAGGCGUUGCCAGAAGGGCCCCCGCGUAGCGGGCCCGUGGUCGCCGUUCGUGGCCCAGCAGCAGCUGCUCCAGGUGGAGGAGAGGAUCUACCACGUGGGGCUGGAGCUGCAGGCGAAUCUGAGCAGCAGAAUCGAGCCUCUCGCAGCCCUCGCAGCCGCAGGGCAGCCUCGAG